CGUAAUCGAACAAAAGAAUGGCAACGCUACCGCCAAACCAGAACGCCCUAUUGCACAUCGCCGUGCUGGAGAACAACGAGAAGGCGGUGAGGUUCCUCCUGAAACAUGGCGCGCAACCCAACACGCGCAUGCACUCGAGCAAGGAACAGUGCCUCCGUUACGACAUGGUCCUGAACGCGGAGAUGUCGGAUCUGCUCUACCGCUAUCGCAGCUCCUCGUCCUCCUGCGCAAUGAUCGCUAACAUCCAAACCCUACCGCACCACAAGCUCAAUACAACGUACGAUAGCCACCGGAAUCGCAGCUUCUCCAACACGAGCGAUAUUUGCAAGCAUUUCCGUCAGCAACAGCAGCAACAGCAGCGCAGCCCGAUGCCCCUGCACGUGGCAGCGGCCAACGGUCGGCGCGACAUCGUUGAGCUCCUUCUGGACUACGGCGCCCAUGUGAACGCGGAGAUAGAGGGAGAAUACACACCAUUGGUGAUCGCGAUUAUUCUUAAGCAAUACGAGAUCGCGCGCAUCCUCAUUCACGAAGGGGCGAACGUGAACGCGCGCUCGAAGAACAGCAAGACGCCCAUGCACUACGCGGUCAAGACCAAGCAGAUCGAGAUCGUGCAGCUGCUGCUCAGCAAGGGCGGCAGGGUGAACGCCCGCACCGAUCACGGGGUCACGCCGCUCCACAUCGCCGUCGAGCGCAAGCUCAAAGACGUAGCUGAGCUGCUGCUGAGGUGCGGCGCUGACGUUAACGCGGUUACCAAGACCGGAGUAACGCCCUUGCAUUGUGCCGCCGUAAAGGGACAGCGCGAGAUCACGGAGUUGAUCCUCAAGUACGGUGGCGACGUUAGCGUUAUAAUGAAGAAAGGCGAGAUCGAUGUUACGCCUCUGCUGUGGGUCACCGAAGUCGAGCGCAAGAAGAUAACCGACAUCGUCUACAGGUACGUGCCCAAGACGAGUGCCAGUGGAUUUUACGAGCGCUUCUUCAAGAAGAUCUGGAAGCAGCUCUGCGGUAUUCGCAAAUGAUUGUGGAUAAGAUUGUGCAAGCUUUCGUCUAUGAUUCUAUCGGCCAUUAUCAAAUAGUCUAAAGAGUGCACAAUGACUAUAAUUUUUUGUUUGCCAUUAGAGCUAGUGGUAAACGGAGUAAUUGAACUCAAAUGAUCUUGCGAUUCUUCCCGAGCGCUUGCCUAUCUGAAAUUAACAUAGAUUUAACAAGUCGUUAAUGGUUAAGUCAAAUUGGGUAAUAAUCAACUG